AUGGCAUUGCUUCGACCUUCAUCUUUCCUAAUCUUAUUGGCAUAUGGUGCACUAAUAGUCAUAGCCACAUUGACACCAUGUUGGUAUGUCAUGGUCACACAUAUUGAGAAACAUGUGAAUUUGCACUCAGCAAAUAUUGUGUCCCAAUUGCAAUCACAAGUUGAGUACUCUAAUCAACUCUUACAACCAAUUAAAUCAUCAUCAACAAAUUUAUCAAGAUUAUUGAGUUCAACCCUUAAUUCUACUAACAUCACUUUCUUUGAUGUUAACACCAAGGUUGCUCCGGUGUUAUUUCAAGCGUUGAAGACAAUUCCUCAAUUAACACAAAUCUCAUACUUGGGAGUGGAAGGUCUUUUUUUCACACAUUACAAGGAUGGUGAUCAAGUUCUGGCAAUGUACUCUAACUCAUCAAGUCGGGGUGCAUCAAAUAAAACCAUAUACUAUAUUCAACCCGUAAAUCGUGACACCGGAGAGAUUAUUGGUGAAGCCCUAAUUUCUAAUAUGACUAUCAAUAUUGAUGCAAGUUGGAUAAAUGGAGCAAAUAAUAUUUCACAAGAAUUUGUAUCAUUGGGGACAAAGUUGAGCAAUGUUAGUGAUCUUUUGUUCAUAAAUUCAGCUAGAAUCAAUAGAAUAGGAGGGAUCUCUCUUGGAUUUUCGGCAAACACAUUAACCGAUUAUGUGACUCGCACUGUCGAUCGUCAAGGGACAAAAUCGUAUUUGGCUACCAAAGACGGGAAAGUUAUUGCAAAAGGAAUUCAAAAUAUUCGUUUGAUGGUUUUUAACGAUAGUGUUUCUUUACAAUCUUUGAAUGCUAAUGGUGAUCUAAUAAAGAAUGAGGGAAUUGUAUCUUGCAAGGAUCAAGUUGAUGGUUCAAGUUUGAAUAUUCAAGAUACUCAAUAUUUGAUACAUUGCUACCCCAUUGAUAUUAUGGGAAUAGAAUCGGUAUAUGUAUUGGCUGUCCCACAAAAUGAAAUUCUCAGCAUUAAUCCAAGUUACUACAAACAAAAGGGAUUAAUACUCAUGAUUGUGAUGAUGGUUGUAAUAUUCAUGUCUCUCUUGAGUUUUCUAUUCAUGAAUGUUGGAGUCAAAAGAAGAGAAAUGCAAUUAUGUGCUUCACUCAUAAAACAAAUGGAAGCAACAGAACAAGCUGAAAGAAAACAUAUGAACAAGAGUCUUGCUUUUGCUAGUGCUAGCCAUGAUGUUCGUGCUUAUCUUGCUGGUCUUGUUGGUUUGAUUGAGAUGUCUUCUAAAUUACUUGUUUCUAAUUCAGAAUUAGACAAACCACAUUCUGAAUUAGAGACUAAUUUAAAACAAAUGGAUAAUUGUGCACAAGACUUGCUAGGAUUGUUAAAUUCUAUACUUGACACAAGCAAAAUUGAGGCAGGAAAAAUGCAACUAGAGGAAGAGGAAUUUGAUUUAUCAUAUCUCCUUGAAGAUGUAGUUGAUUUGUACUAUCCAAUUGCAAUGAAGAAAGGUGUAGAACUUGUAUUGGAUCCUUGUAAUGGUUCUGUUAUCAAAUACUCACAUGUGAAAGGUGAUAGAAGAAAAUUGAAGCAAGUUUUGUGUAACUUGUUAAGCAAUGCUGUUAAAUUUACUGAUGAAGGACAUAUAACAGUUAGAGCAUGGACUCAGAAAGCAACAUUGCAAAAUUCAAUUAUCAAGACCAACCAAAAUAUAAGUGUUGUGAAACCUUUUUCUUGGUUGUUUGAUAAGAAAAAUAAGGAAUCUGAGGACAUUGAAGCUGUGAAUUCUAUUCAACAUGAUCCUUGUUUUAUGGAUUUUGUAUUUGAAGUGGAUGAUACAGGGAAAGGAAUUCCUAAAGAGAAUCAUAAGUCAGUGUUUGAGAAUUAUGUUCAAGUUAAAGAGAAUUCUGUUGGUCAAGUUGGAACUGGCUUAGGACUUGGAAUUGUGCAGUCAUUGGUACGUUUGAUGCAUGGAGAUAUUGCAAUUGUGGACAAAGAAGUUGGCAAAAAAGGAACAUGCUUCAAGUUCAAUGUACUUCUCACUACAUGUGAGAAUGAGACAGUAACUUAUAGCUUAAGGGAAGGUUUUGAGUAUGGAUCAACCUCAGGUAACAAAAACCAAACUCAAGAUAGAAAAACCCUUCACGCUACUAGUUCUGGUUCAAGCAUUCGUUCAUCGAGUCCAAGAUUACAAAUUUGUCCCUCUUCUAGUACUACUAAGCCUGAGCCUUCACAUGUUAUUCUCUACCUUGCUGAUGAAGAAAGAAGAAGAACUUCACAGUUGUUCAUAGAAAGCUUAGGGAUUAAAGUUAUGGUUAUCAAGAAUAGGAAACAUCUAACUCAUACUCUCAAGAAGUUCAAAAAACCAAAGGGUCAUCAAAUCAGUGAUCAAAGUUCAUCAGAAUCUUCAGAAAUAAGUUCUAGGUGUACAUCUUAUAGUUCUUCUUAUAGUAGAAGAUUUCCUUUGAGGGCUAUGGAUCAUGGAAAUGAAUUUGUAUCGUCGAUGUUCAACAAGACAAAUAUUGGAGCUGCACCAAGUUUUGUUUUGAUUAUCAUUGAUACAAAUGUAGGACCAUUUUCUAAGCUUAGUAAGAUUGUGUCAAAUUUUAAGAAAGAUGUUCUUAAUCCUAGUAAAGUUGUUUGGUUAGAAAAGCCUUUUGAAAAUAGUGUUGAUUUCAAGAAAAUUGAUCAAGAUGAUAUUGUGAUAUCAAAACCAUUUCAUGGUAGUAGAUUGUUUCAAGUUAUAAAGCUUCUUCCUGAAUUUGGUGGUAAUUGGAAAAGCAAUAAUUCUAGUAAAUCAAGAAGAGAAUUUAGAUCACAAUCUAAUGAUGAAAGUGUGUGUCUAAGUGUGGAACAAUAUUGUUGGAAGGGAAGUCAAAAAUCUUAUAAGGGGAAAAAAUAUUCUGUUCAUCAAGGUGAAAUACAAGAAUGUGGUGACUCAAGUAAUUCUAAACCUUUGAGUGGAAAGAAAUUUUUGGUUGCUGAUGAUGAUAAAAUCUCGAGAAAGAUUGCUAUGGCUAAAUUGAGGUCACUUGGUGUGAGUACUAUUGACCAAUGUGAGAAUGGUGUAGAGGCUGUGAGAUUAGUUGAAGAGGGUUUAACUAAGGAUUUUUCUAAUCCUCCUUAUGAUUACAUCAUAAUGGAUUUUCAGAUGCCAGAGAUGGAUGGGUUUGAGGCAACAAGGAAGAUAAGAGAGAUGGGGAAAAGAUGUGGCCUUCACAUUCCUAUCAUUGCAUUAUCUGCUGAAAUUGAUAAAUUGACCACAGAAACUGGAAUGGACUUUCACAUAACCAAGCCUAUUAACGAGGAGCAUUUACUCAAAGCAAUUACAUGCAUAGAAAAUAGUGACAUAAUGUAG